CGUUCGGGCGUUCGGGCGUUCGGGCGUUCGGGCGUUCGGUCCCGCCGGCGCCAUGGGUUUCCUCCACCUGCUGCUGGUGGAGAACUUCAAGUCAUGGCGCGGCCGCCAGGCCCUCGGCCCCUUCAGGAAAUUCACCUGCGUCAUCGGGCCCAACGGCUCGGGAAAGUCAAAUGUAAUGGACGCACUUAGUUUUGUGAUGGGAGAAAGAACAGCUAAUUUAAGAGUCAAACGUAUCCAGGAGCUUAUUCACGGAGCACAUAUUGGGAAGCCUGUCUCUACUACUGCAAGUGUGAAAGUUGUGUAUAUUGAAGAAAACGGAGAAGAGAAAACAUUUUCCAGAAUUAUCCAUGGGGACUGUUCAGAGUUUCGCUUCAACGAUAACCAUGUCAGUCGUUCUGCUUACGCCGCAGAAUUGGAAAAAAUUGGCAUAAUAAGCAAAGCCAGGAACUGUCUGGUUUUUCAGGGAACAGUGGAAUCGAUUGCAAUGAAAAAACCAAAGGAAAGAACUCAGCUUUUUGAACAAAUUAGCAAUUCAUGGGAGCUUAGUGAAGAUUAUGAAGCAAAGAAAAAAAAAGUGCAAAAGGCAGAAGAAGAUGCCCAGUUUAAUUUCAACAAGAAAAAGAAUGUGGCUGCAGAGCGCAAGCAUGCCAAACUAGAGAAGGAAGAGGCCGAGCGAUACCAGGUCCUCUUUGAAGAGCUACAGGGAAACAAGGUACAGCUGCAGCUUUUUCAGCUUUAUCACAAUGAGAAAAAAAUCGAACUUCUAAGCAUGCAACUAGAUGAAAAGAAUAUGGCCCUGAGCAACAUCAAAGACAGCCUCGCCGAUGAUGAAGACGUAGUGAAAGCCAAGAAAAAGGAAGCUGGGAAGCGAACCAGAGAGGUGCAGCAAAUGGAAAAAGAGUACAAGACUUUAGAGGACUUGUUGAGUCGGGGGAAAAUUAAGUACAUUAAAGCCAAGGAACAAACGUCUCAUGCCCUCAAGAAAUUGGAGAUGGAGUCGGAGGGCAUUCGGGAGGCCGAAGAGCAGUGUGCUAAGCAGGAAGCUGAGGAAAGAGCCCUGAAAAUGGAGCUGGAUGACUUAGAGAGAGCUUGGAGGAGGUUCGAAAGGCAGAUUGAAGAAGAAUUGCUAAGCAGAGGAAGAGAUGUUGAACUGGAGUCAAAUCAGCUGGAGCAGUAUAAGGAGCUGAAGGAACGAGUGAGAAAGAAAGUGGCUUUGGUGGCCCAGCAGCUGGAAAAAUUAGAGUGGGAGCAGAAAGCUGAUGAAGAGAAAAUGGCAUUUGAUCAGAAGAGACAAGAAGAAGUGGAGGGGACUCUAAAACAAGUUAAGGAACAGAUAGAAGAUCUGAAAAAGCGCAUGGAAAAAUUGGAGGAAUAUGCAAAGAUAUGCAUCACUUGUUUGAAAGAGAAAAAAGAACAAGAAGAAGCCCUAACUACUGAAAUUGAGAAUUCGAAACUGCGAAUGGCUGAAGUGAAUGAGGAGCUGAACUUUGCUAUUGGGGAACUGCAGAAUGCCCGAAUCGAUCACCACGAGGAAAAGCGCCAGCAACGGAGAGCUGAGAUUCUGGAGGGCCUCAAAAGACUUUAUCCGGAUGCUGUGUUCGGAAGACUGCUGGAUCUGUGCCACCCCAUUCACAAGAAAUAUCAGCUGGCCGUGACGAAGGUCUUCGGCAGAUUCAUCAACGCCAUCGUCGUGACCUCGGAAAAGAUAGCGAGGGAGUGCAUUCGGUUCCUGAAGGAGGAAAGAGCUGAGCCGGAGACGUUCCUUGCCCUGGACUACCUCGAUAUCAAGCCAAUCAAUGAACGAUUGAGGGAGAUUAAAGGAUCCAAAAUGGUCAUCGAUGUUGUUCAGACCCCUUCUCCCCAGCUGAAGAAGGUCAUUCAGUUCGUCUGUGGCAACGGUCUCGUGUGUGAGACGUUGGAAGAAGCGAGACGCAUCGCAUUCCACGGGCCGGAGCGGCUCAAAACCGUGGCUCUUGAUGGAACGUUGUUUUUGAAAUCUGGGGUCAUUUCCGGAGGGUCAAGUGAUUUAAAAUAUAAAGCGAGAUGCUGGGAUGAAAAGGAAAUGAACACACUAAAAGAGAGAAGAGACCAACUAAUUAUGGAACUAAAGGAACUGAUGAAGAUAAAACGGAAGGAAGUGGAUCUGAAACAAAUCCAGGCUCUGGCCCUAGGGACUCAGACAAGACUCAGGUAUUCCCAGGGUGAACUAGAGACAGUUAGGAAGAAACACCUUGCUAACUUCUACAAGGAACAAUCACAGCUGGAAAGCGAACUAUUAAAUAUUAAGUCCCAGCUUGCCAUGCUGAACGAAGGAAUUCUAGAAAGGAAGAAGAGGAUUGAAGGAUUCCAAAAGAAAAUUGAUAAGGUGGAAGAUGAAAUAUUCCAGGAAUUCUGUGAAGAAAUUGGUGUGAGGAAUAUUCGUGAAUAUGAAAAGAAACAUUUGAAGAAGCAACAAGAGAUUGACAAAAAGAGACUGGAGUUUGAGAAACAGAAGACUCGGCUCAGCGUCCAGCUUGAAUACAGCCGCGACCACCUGAAGAAGAAGCAGAGUAAGAUACUGGAGUUGAAAAAAGCAGUUCACGGCGGGAGCGAGGAAAUUGAUGAGCUGAAGAAGGCUGAGAAAAAGUGCUUGCAGUUUGUGGAGGAAGUCAAGGUUCAACAGGCCCAACUCAGGAAUCUGGUUGAAAUGAAGAAUUCUGAACUUCAGAACUUCCAAACCCUGGUGGAGGAAGCAAGGAAAAAGUUUUUGACUACUAAUAGGGAAGUGGGCACCCUACAGAAAGAAGUGGUAGCCAUCGAGGCCUCCCUGGAACAGAAGAGGCUAGAGAGGCACAACGUGCUCCUGGACUGCAAGGUGCACGACGUCGACAUCCAUCUCGUGUUGGGCUCCUUGGACGAUAUCAGCCAAGUGGAGCCCGGAACAGAGCCAGAGAGCACCCAGGCCACGUCCGUCAUCUUCGAAAGGGAAGCGGCGAUUGAGAUAGACUACAGAAGUCUGAGAGAGGAUCUAAAGGAACUGCGAUCGGACAAGGAGGUCCAGACCCACCUCGACCACCUCCAGAAGCAAAUCGAGGCCCGGGAAGACAUCCUGAUGAAGACAGCUGCCCCGAACAUGCGAGCCCUGCAGAAGUUGCAGACCGUCCGAGAUAAGUUCCAAGAGUCGGCAGAGGCUUUUGAGGCCAGCAGAAAGGAAGCCAGGAUCUGUAGGCAAGAAUUUGAACAGGUGAAGAAAAGGAGAUAUGACCUCUUCAGCCAGUGUUUUGAGCACGUCUCGGUGUCUAUCGAUCAAAUCUACAAGCUGCUGUGCAGAAACAGCAGCGCUCAAGCGUUUCUGAGCCCGGAGAACCCGGAGGAGCCAUACCUGGAAGGCAUCAGCUAUAACUGCGUGGCGCCCGGGAAACGGUUUAUGCCCAUGGACAACCUUUCCGGAGGAGAGAAGUGCGUGGCCGCCCUGGCCCUCGUGUUCGCCAUACAGAGCUUCCGCCCCGCUCCUUUCUUCGUCAUGGAUGAAGUGGACGCGGCCCUGGAUAACACCAACAUUGGCAAAGUGUCGAGUUACAUCAAGGAGCAGAGCCGGGAGCAGUUCCAAAUGAUAGUCAUCUCCUUAAAGGAAGAGUUCUAUUCCAAGGCGGAUGCGCUGAUCGGAGUCUAUCCAGAGCAAGACGACUGCAUGUUUAGCCAAAUGCUGACUCUGGACCUGACUCUCUACCCGGAGCCCGGAGAGAGCGAACGAAAGAAGAAAUCCAUGGGAAGCUCCAGGCCCAGUGACUAAGACGCCCCCUCACCGGUGCACGGUACCCGCCGGCUCCCAGGAGGUCGGGUGGUUCUUCAGAAAAAUCCCAACCCGAAUUCACCUGGGCUUCGAGGGGCGGCGGGGGAGGCGGAAAGUCCCUCGGACGGCCGGACUCCGUUAAACCUACCGCUUAGUUCCGUGAAGUUCCCGAGGUCAGAGGCAUCCGAAGGAAGCCGAAGUAGCUGCCGGUUUGAUUGUUGGGAACACCAAGCCGGGCUUUCUUCGAAAUAAACUCCCUCGCUUCGGCGCCUCGCGAAAGA